AUGUCUGCUCCUCGACCUUCAAUUGGUCCGGGUAAAAGUGUCUUGGCUAUCAUGAAAAAAAGAAAGAAAGCAAACGCUCGGAUUACUCGUUCGGGGAGGGCGUGGGAUGAAAAGCAAGGACCGCCCUCCCUCAGUCACUGCACCCGGGCUGCCGGUACAAUAAUUAGAAGCCAGGCCAGGCCAGAGCUAGACGGGGGGAUAGCUUCUGAGCUUCCAGCGGGCUUCUUCCACCGCCACGUGCGGGCCGCUGAGACCUUGACGUGCCCUGUGCUUCAGGGGAUGAUGGCCGAUGGGUUCUGCAGCUACAGGACAGCCCUGCAGCGAUCGGUUAGGGGCCGGUUGGGCGCUAGAGAGGACUGGCUCUGGCUGACAUUUGGAUUGGAAUUGGAUUGA